AUGACUUCCUCAUCUUCCAACCUGCCCACCCCAGGUCUCACUCCAUCCCACUCUAUCACCUCAUCCCCUUUGCUCCCACCGCCGCCAGACAUCCGCCAUCUCGACAACGUCAUCGCCCACUACAAUGAGUCGCUGGAUCAGAUGUCAUCCUAUACUCACCUUCGCCUCGUGUACACCAAAGGCCAACAUCCGACCAACCCGUCUCUCUACCGAGAAGACAAAGUGUCGAGCGACGCGGUAAAGAUCUCCAUUCCAGCAAAAAUACCCUCGGGCAACUUCAACUACUCGUCGACGGCUCGACCAAGAAGACGGAUUGCCCGAUGGACGAACGCACCGGGCGAGAUCCGAUGGACGCCAGGGACGUUAUUCGCCACCAUACACCACAACAUCCAGCGACGGCUGCGGGAAGUGUAUGUACGCGCUUAUGAAUACCUCCACGGCUUGGAGCACGUCGACCCAGAAGAAGGCCGCCAAAUGGGGCGUCUGUAG